GCGCUAUUCUGUUUGAAAAACUUCUUCCACGUUAAAUCCAAAUAGAUACCGUUUUAUUUUGUUGACACGUGCUGCAAUGGAAGCAGAACGACGCACAUUAGUCCACUGGUUCCGCAAAGGUCUCCGAGUGCACGAUAAUCCUGCUUUAUCGCAAAUUUUUACCGCCGCCAACGCGGAACCAGGAAAAUUUAUCAUCCGCCCCAUUUUCAUACUGGAUCCCGGAAUACUCGACUGGAUGCAAGUCGGGGCUAAUCGAUGGCGGUUUCUUCAACAAACUCUUGAAGAUUUGGAUAAGCAGCUACGGAAACUCAACUCCCGCCUGUUUGUCGUUCGCGGAAAGCCUGCAGAUGUUUUCCCUCGUAUCUUUGAACAAUGGCGCGUGGAGAUCUUGACUUUCGAAACAGAUAUUGAGCCAUAUUCCCUGUCCAGAGAUGCUGCCGUGCAGAAGUUGGCCAAGUCCGCGAAUGUUAAGGUGGAAACCCACUGCUCCCAUACAAUUUACAAUCCAGAGAUAGUUAUAGCCAAGAAUUUCGGCAAGGCUCCCAUUACGUACCAAAAGUUUCUGGGCAUUGUAGAGCAAUUAAAGGUACCUAAAGUUUUAGGAAUUCCUGAGAAGCUUAAAAGUAGGAAUGAGCCUAAAAAAGAUGAUGUUGAGCAAGAGGAUUCGGAGGCCUAUGAUUGCCCGACUAUGGAACAAUUGGUCAAGAGACCGGAGGAACUGGGACCCAAUAAGUUUCCUGGAGGUGAAACAGAGGCCCUCCUCCGUAUGGAUGAAUCACUAAAAGAUGAACUUUGGGUUGCACGCUUUGAGAAGCCCAACACGGCACCAAAUUCUUUGGAGCCCAGCACUACCGUACUGAGUCCUUAUUUGAAAUUUGGAUGUCUCAGUGCUCGAUUGUUUCAUCAGAAGCUUAAAGAAAUUCUAAAGCGGCAGACUAAGCAUUCCCAACCUCCUGUUUCUCUUAUUGGACAACUCUUGUGGAGGGAAUUCUACUACACAGUGGCGGCUGCUGAACCAAACUUUGAUCGGAUGUUAGGCAAUGUCUACUGUCUGCAAAUUCCCUGGCAGGAACAGCCAGAUCAUCUAAAAGCAUGGACUCAUGGACGCACCGGUUACCCUUUUAUAGAUGCCAUAAUGAGGCAAUUACGCCUGGAGGGUUGGAUCCAUCACCUGGCACGACAUGCAGUGGCCUGUUUUUUAACUCGAGGAGAUCUUUGGAUCAGCUGGGAGGAGGGACAGCGGGUGUUCGAGCAGCUGCUGCUGGAUCAGGAUUGGGCCCUAAAUGCUGGCAACUGGAUGUGGCUCUCAGCGUCCGCAUUCUUUCAUCAGUACUUUCGUGUUUACAGUCCGGUGGCGUUUGGCAAGAAGACUGAUCCCCAGGGGCACUACAUCAGGAAAUAUGUACCAGAACUCUCAAAAUAUCCAGCUGGCUGUAUUUAUGAGCCCUGGAAGGCCUCGCUGGCGGAUCAGCGGGCAUAUGGAUGUGUCUUGGGCACGGAUUAUCCCCAUCGGAUUGUUAAACACGAAGUGGUGCACAAGGAGAACAUUAAGCGAAUGGGAGCCGCAUAUAAAGUAAAUCGUGAGGUGCGCACAGGAAAGGAGGAGGUGUCAUUUGAGGAGCCAGAAACAUCCACUUCAGGCAAACGGAAAGUGCGAAAGGCAACCGGAAACGCCCCCAAGCGAAAACGUUAAAAAUUGAAUAUGUAUGUAUGCUACCUUGUAUGAGAGGUAGCUACAUAAAUAUAUUUUCUAUAUAUAAGUUUAUCGUUGAGCAGAUAUUAGAUGUAAAUUUUAAGCUGUCUAUAAAAUUUUUAAUUGGUAAGGUACCUACAUUCGGGUACAAAUAAUAUUAUAUUUGACUUACGAUUUGUUGUAAAUAUAUCUAAAGAUAUCAACUUGAAAA